CACCGUCAAACCACCCAUAUCAAAUCAUUAAGCAUGUCUGGAAGAGGCCAACCCCGAGGCUCAUCCUCGACCCGAGGUUCGAACCCUUCUGGAUCCCGAGGAGGAUCCUCUGCAAACAGGGGCGGACGAGGAGGUGGCGCUUCAGGAGCUGGAGGAGAGAGGCAGAAGAAGGAGGCCAUCUUGAACCUGCAAAAGUAUCAGGACAAGGAGGUCAGGGUGAAGUUUCAGGGCGGGAGGGAAGUCGUCGGAACCCUCAAAGGUUUCGACGCCUUGCAGAAUUUGGUACUGGAUGAUGUGAAAGAGGAAGGGACCGACGGUCGACCUUCCCGGACGCUCGGACUGGUCGUACUACGAGGACCUCAGAUCACUUUGAUCAGCCCUACGGAUGGGUACGAGGAGAUCUCGAACCCUUUCGCCCAAGCCGAGUAAGAGCGAGAGAUAAAAGAAUCAUUGGGAACACCGGGGUGGAUAUUAUAGGCUUGUCGGUUCCGCGACAUUAUUUGUAUACCUUGACCGUCGACGAUGACAUGAUACGAGAUCAGGUCGAUCAAGAGGUUGCCAGACUCGCAAUUAUAUAAGGGGUAGGUGCACAUCCUGAGAGCACCUGGGUCAGAUAAACGUCGGAGUGAGGGUGAUUGAGGGGGUGCUGUCGAGGUUGAGCUUCCUGAAAGGCCAGGGAAGACGAGAUCAGAUGUGAAGCACGACAAGAAGAGCUCAAGAUCAAGGUCAUGAACUUACUCUUAUAAGCUGGAUAGUGAUGCC